AUGGAUGAGUUCGAAACCCCGCGAGGAUUUUCGAGCUUGCCAAUAGGACAGGAAAUGCUCAUAGAGAAGCUACUGAACGAAGAGAGGUACUACCGACACGACAAGGGAAAGGAAAAAAAAAAAAAAGGAGAAAACGUUAAGGAGCAACUGCGUUACUACCUGAAUGAGAAAUAUGAGCUAUUCAUUGGGUACCAAAAUUUUAUGAAUAAGUUGUUUAAGAAGAAGAAGGUGUUGAGGGUGAGUCAUGGGAGAGAUGCCAGGAGGAAGAGGAAGGAGGGGCAGCCCCGUCAGGGGGGUGCUCGCCGUAGUGGAGCAGCGCCAAGUAAUGGGAACGCCACUAAAGUGAAGUGUCGAGAGGCGUCCGAUUUGAGCGGACCGGGUAGCGAUAGGCGAAGUGGUGAUGGGCGAAGUGGUAACAGGCGAAGCGGCGCACAUGCCAAAGAUGAGGACGAGGACAUCCCCCUGAGGAGCGACCAAAGGGGGAAGAACGCCCGCACCCAGGGGAAGAAGAACGCGUCGGAGUGGAGACACAAGGGAGGUGAUUCCAAAUCGUCUAAGAGCGUCUCCCCCCCGAAGAGAUGCUCCUGCGACUGCCACGGGUGUGUCGAUCGGGGUGGUCGCCUUACCGACGAACGGAGUAGCGGCGUAGGCGACGCAUCGGACGAGCGGUGUGGUCACGUAGAAGACACAGCGGAUGACCGCUUAACCGACGAACCGGGGCACCCGUCUCCUUCCCCCCCCCAGUGCUCAGACGCCAGCGACAUCUCCAACCUCUCCCCAGACGGACUCUGCUUCGAAAAACAAUUUAAAUAUAUAUAUGACCUGUACAGGCAGAAUGAAAAAAACGUUUAUUUGUUUUACAACCCUCCGAUGUGUAAGUGCGCCAAUAAGACUCUCAAGGAGAAGUACUAUCGGAGCCUGUGCCGGAAGUACCCUUGCCUGUUCAACUGCACGUUCGAAGGUGAGGAGGGGGGGGAACCCAGCAGAGGGGAGGCAUCUCAUAGGGGGGAAGCACCCCAAAAGGGAGAAACACCGCACAAGGGGGAACCAUCUCAUAAGGGAGAAACACCGCUCACAGGAGGAGCCCCCCCCGCGGGGGAACAACCGAGUGAUGCCAAGAGGCUGACGUACGCCGAGGUGGCGUCGGACGCGGUGGAAAUGAAGCUCUACGCGAAGGCCUUCUUCGAGUUGUGCCUCCUGCAGGGGGGGAGGGGAGCCAAGGAGGUUAAGGAGGCGAAGAAGGAAGCGGUUGACGGGGAGAGAAAGACAUCGAAUGGCGAGAUGAAGGACGCGGGUGAAGCGGCGAAAAAAACCUCGAAUGAGGGGGCGAAGGACGCGGGUGACUUCCCCCUCGGCGAAGAAGAAAUGCUUAAAAGGUUCUUCAAUAAGUGCGUGCGUAGAGUGAUGAGGAGGAACUCCCCGACGUGCGAAAACAGCUCCUGCUGUGGGCUUCUCUACGUGCCGUACAGUUACAUAGUGGUGCUGCUAAACAGGAAGGUGCAGAACUUGAGUUACCUCUGCAGCCACUUAAAGCUCCCCGGCAGCACCGACAUGUAUUAUAAUAAUAAGAAGAACGUCGUGACCAUUUGCACCAAAAGCUCCGUGCACGAGUUCUUCUGCUACUACUCUUUGAGAGAAAACAGCUUCAUAAAGAAUUUAAUUAUUUAUGACGUUUUCGUGGACGGGUUUGUUCCCUUCUUCAAGCCGCUGCUCAACCUGAAGGUGAAGAAGAAUUUGGAGAAGCUGAUGAGCUACGUGAGCUACAACAAGGGGUGCAACUUGUCCGUCGUGUUUUUCUGGGCCUGCGGGGGGGGCGCCACCAACAGAAGCAUUGACAGCACCGCUGACAGAAGCGCUGACAGCACCGAUAGCACCGCUAACAGCACCGCCAACAGCACCGCUAACAGCGGCGGGGAGAGUGAAGCGGCGGAGGGGGCGCGCAGCCGAGCAAGCCACAUGCCGCACCUGCGCGUGUGCAAAAUCGUAAACAUUAAUCACCCAAAUGAAUACAAGGGGUGGAGGAGCAGACACCCGAAGAAGGACAGCACAGAGGAGACGUCCAGCAGAGAGAGGAAAAGCAAAAUUAAUGAAGAUCAGCAGUACUUCGCCCACCUCUGCAACGGAAGUGAGGUCAUUAAUAAUAUGAACAUUAAUAUGGUCGUAGAGAAAAUUGCUAACAUUGCCAGUCGGAAGGAGAGUAGCCUCUGUGAGGAGGGCUGCAUUUUUAAUAAGCGCAACAGGAUGCAUGGGAAAGGAAAAGGAAAAAGGAAAAGAAUUCAAAUUUAUUUAUGUGAAUCGAUCAACUCCUUCGCGUUCGACCGGAGACCGCUUUACAUCAAACGGAGGGAGGUUACUCUCUCUUCCUUCGUUCACUUUCAGAAUGUUAUUAACGCGUAUUUGGCUUCUAGUGGGCCCAGCCUGGAGGCCCUAUUUGGGCGCCGCAUGCAGGAGGACGUGUUCGGCAUGGGCCUGCGCAGGAGGGGCUUCCUCUCCAGUUGCAGAGUAGAAGCGGGGGGAGAAGUGGAAGACGGUGAAGCAAACAGCGUAGGGGGUGCCAACCAAGUGGGAGCCGCUAACGCAGACCACCUGUUCAACGAAACGCUCUUCUUCUUCAACGACAAUUCAGAUUUAUACACCUACGAGGAGUACAAACGGGGGAAGCUGCAGAGUGUGGGCAGAGGAGGCGACCAUGAGGGCAAACCCCCCGCGGAGCAGCUGCAACCCGCAGCUGGGAGGAGCUGGAUGGCCAGAAGUGUGCCACAUGCUCAGGGGGAGAAGCUGUGGGACUCCCUCUGCACGCAGUACGCACAGAACCUUUUCAACAUUUACGUUUGCUCCUUCCUGACGAGGGAGAGCAGCUGCAAGGGGCUCGCGCCGCCCGUCGCCCCCCAAAAAAAAAAGAAAAAAGGAAACGCAUCAGGAGAGCGGCGUGAAGGAAAUGCAGCAGGUGACCAACGUGAUGGACGCAGAAUGCCCUACCGGGAGCGAAUCAGCCUCAUCAAAAAAUGCUACUUCCUCCUGUUCGGCUUCUACAAAGACAAGUUCCGCGUCUCCCUGAAGGAGGAAGAAGAGGACGUCCUGCACAGGAGUAACUGGGCCAGCGAGGAUUCGCUCAUCUCGCGCGGCCGGAGGGCUAGCGAAGUGGCCACACUCAGGUGA